AUGGCUCCCAUCGAAGCGUCGGCCGGCUCAUUGAAGCGCAAGAGGGGCACCGCCCGGAGACCAGACAAAGCCCCCAUCUCUGGCCAUGCCCACCUCGACAGCAAGCUCAAAGGAGAGAUUGCCCUGCUCUCCCACGAUCUAGUCGACGACCUGUUUCCUUCCUCAUCCCCCGACUCUGCUUCAAUCUACCAUGUUGCCAUCACUCCCUGGGCUCCGUCUACCGUCAUCGCCGAUCCAGCUACUCAGUGGGUCGUCAUACCAUGCAGAAGACUGCCUCGAGGUCACCCCGAUCUGCCACACUCUUCAAUCAGGAUUUCGGCCUUCUCUCACGUAGCCCACGCUCUCCAGCGCACGUUGCACAUUCAAUCGCCAAAUCGCUCUCUCCGCCCCGCCUCAACCCUCGAGAUUUGUAUCACCCACGUCGUAGCGCUUCCCCUCGACCUAGUCUACGUUUCGCUCGACCCGAAAGCCUUGGAGGAUGCCAAUGGUAUUCAGAAGAGAAAUGGAAAUGCCCCUCUGCGAGCUGUGAAGGCUGGGAAAGAGAAGCAACUCAGAUCUGCAGCCGCAGUCGAUUCCGAGCAAAUCACUCGGCUUGUACGAGAUGCCUUGGAUACUGCUCGCGUUGUAAGAGCUGGUGACAUCUUACCCCUCACAUUGUCACGCCCUCAGACGCAGGCUUCUGCAUCCCCUGCUCUGAUCACAGCCUGUGAACCUGUCUCUCAAGGACUUGUAACUCCGACGACACAGAUAGUUGUGGUUUCGCAGACUGAGCGUCGUACAAAGUCAAGCCGCUCUGUAACUUUUUCGCAGCCAGACGAAGAUACCGCCAAUGAAGCUUUCUACACUGCCGCUGAAGACGGCGCGCAGUCGUCUGCAAAUUCACCACCCACUGAUACUGUCCUGGAUUCAGACUUGACUUCUGACGAUGCUUUGUCCGAUCUGGGUGAUCUUUCAGACGACCCAGAUGAUAUGAUCUCGCUAAAUUCGCCCUCGAUUGGUUCUCAGCCCUCAGGAAUACUUUCUGCCAGGUCAAAUGCAACACCUAGGCUCUUUGGAAGUCAGCGAGGUAUCAAUACUCCUGGAUCCGUAUUCUCGUCAAUGACGUCUACAACUAUGAGAGGUGCUCAGGGAGGACGAACCAAAACUUUCAAAACCCAGGGCCUUCUGGAACGCAUCCCAGAUGACUUUCUCUAUCCGAAACCCGGCUCGCAGCAGGACGAGGAAGCUCGAGUCUAUGUCGACACAAGUGCUUUGGCAAAACUCGGGUGCUUCUCUGGUGACUGGGUUCAGUUGCAAGUAGCCGAAGAUCCUGCGAGUACGAAUUCUUUCAUGGCCUUUUUCCGAGACCAAGAGAUAGACGAAAAUGCUACGUGGAGGCCACUCAGAAUAUACGGACUACCCGACAGCCUCUCAGUAAAGCCGCAAAAGUACCCACUCAACAAUAAAUCUGGUCGACGCGAUAGCAUACCUUCAUCACACUCCAUCCCUGUCACUCCUGCUACCCUCUACCUAUCACCUGUUCUACUAGCCAAUCUCGGGAGUCCUAGUCAUGUGCGGAUAACAUCUUUGCGAAUCGCUGAUGUCUCUAGUUUCUUGCGUCCUGGACAAACCAAGUCAAGGCUCCAGAGCUCAUCUCUACCACCUACCGCUAAGGAAGUGACUCUGUCCAGGCUGUCGACACCCCUGUCGGAGGAAAAGUCGACUCAACCAAGUUUGUUCGCCCAAUUACAAGAUUACUUCAAGCAAAAGCAGCGCAUUGUGAAGUCUGGUGAUCUUAUUGCCAUCCCCAUCGACGAAGCAUUGGGAAAAGCAGUGUUUGAGGGAGGUGCGGCAGACGAGACGAAUGACAUACUGACUCAUCUUGAGUCUUCCUCGGGCAAAAGCCCCUCCAAAGAUCGAUCCCAUGGUUUGGCAGUUGCAUGGUUUCAGAUCGGUGACGUUAGUUCACCUUUGACCAACGAUGCUCAGGAUGCUGAAGAAUCGGCUCUCUGGGGAGGGGUUGUGACCAUCGACCCUGCGGAAACUAGAAUGAGCCAAUCAGGGGCACUGCAAAGGAAGCUGCCUCCUACGACGCAAAACUCGUGGGAAUUUUAUCAUGGUAUUAGGAAGGUACCUAGGUCGGCAGUAAGCGGAAGUUCGCAUCUUCGUGCGCCACCUAAGGAACACGUACCAGUAUUGCAGCGGCGCAUACGUGAGCUUAUGGCAGCCGCUAUGAGUCCUCGCGCUGUCCAUCUUGGUCUUCCACCUCUUGCUAUUCUUUUGACAUCAACUCAGAGAAACAUCGGCAAGGCAUAUACGGCUUCACGUGCUUGCCAUGACCUAGGUGCUCACGUCUUCUCGAUUGAUGCGUAUGAGUUGGUCUCGGAAGGAGCUACCGGAGGUGGAGACACCAAGACAGAAGGCUUUCUCAAAGCUAGAGCCGAACGAGGACUACAUUGUGGUGCCCAGCACACAUCGCUCUUGAUUCGUCACCUGGAAGCUCUCAGUUCAGAUCGUAUGGCUGGAGCUCUGAAGGACAUCCUAGCGAGCUGUCGUGUGUUGAUCGCUACAUCAACAGAAGCAGACAAGAUUCCCGAUGCUAUCCGUGGUCUUUUCACACAUGAACUCGAGAUGACAGCACCUGAUGAGGCAGAAAGAGAAGGCAUUCUUCAAUCGAUCAUCGCCAGUUCAGGUCUCGCUGUUUCACCUUCGGUCGAUCUGAGCUCUGUGGCAGUAAAGACCGCUGCUCUAGUCGCUGGCGAUCUUGUCGACGUUGCAGAACGAGCUGUACUAAACCAGGCAAUCCGCCUUGAAGCUUUGGCAGCCGCAGCUUCUGUUUCUCGCGACUUAGCAAUCUCUGUCAGGGAUAUUAAACUAGCUGGUGGUGAUUCAGCUACAUCACUCACAUCUGCAGACUUCGAGAAGGCCGUCGAUGAUGCUAGGAAGAAUUUCGCAGACUCGAUUGGCGCGCCCAAAAUUCCUAAUGUGCAAUGGUCAGAUGUUGGAGGUCUAGCCAAUGUCAAGGAGGCUGUCAUUGAGACCAUUCAGCUGCCACUUUCGCGUCCAGAGCUUUUCGCGAAGGGUCUGAAGAAGCGUAGUGGAAUUCUGUUCUACGGUCCUCCUGGAACCGGAAAAACGUUAUUGGCAAAGGCCAUUGCAACAGAGUUCAGCCUGAAUUUCUUCUCCGUCAAGGGGCCAGAACUACUAAACAUGUAUAUUGGCGAGUCCGAAGCCAACGUGAGACGUGUCUUCCAAAGGGCUAGAGAUGCAAGACCUUGUUGCGUGUUCUUUGAUGAACUCGACUCGGUCGCACCAAAGCGAGGCAACCAAGGCGAUAGUGGUGGUGUCAUGGAUCGAAUUGUCAGUCAAUUGCUCGCCGAAUUGGACGGCAUGAGUGAUGGAGACGAAGGUGGCGGUGGUGUGUUCGUGAUCGGUGCUACCAACAGACCGGAUUUGCUUGAUCAAGCACUAUUGCGUCCUGGUCGUUUUGACAAAAUGCUGUACCUUGGUAUCAGUGAUACGCACGAGAAACAGCAAAGGAUCUUGGAGGCCCUUUCAAGAAAAUUCACGCUUGACCCAGAUUUAGAUCUUGGCCGUGUGGCUGAGAAGCUUCCCUUCACGUACACUGGCGCCGAUCUAUACGCUCUCUGUUCUGAUGCUAUGCUCAAAGCUAUUACUCGAUCUGCUCGAAUUGUGGAUGAUAGAGUGGCCGAGAUCAAUGGCGAGCGAGCUACACAUUCGCCACCGCAACCUCCAAUUUCGGUAGCUUACUUCUUUGAUCACUUUGCCACUGAAGCCGAUACGAGCGUCGUCGUGGCUGAGGAAGAUUUCAUGGCAGCCGAGCGUGAGCUUGUCCCUAGUGUGAGUGCUGAUGAAUUAGGCCACUACGAGCGCGUGCGUCGCGAGUUCGAAGGUGGCAAGGAGAAAGAAGCGAACGCAAGGGCGAACUCAGAAUCUGGCGGAAAUGUCAAGGGAAAAGGUAAAGGAGUUGACCAAAAGAUUGCCGAUGUCAUUGAUGAAGAUUUUGUCAUCAGGACUGAUCACCUGUCGAUGAACGGGUCUGGCAAGGGGAAAGGGAAGGGCAAAGCAAUGGCUGAGUCUCCAGAUGGGAUGCGAUUUGGAGAUGCGGCUGAUGAUGAUGAGGACAUGUACGCAUAG